CCUUAAUAUACCACAUUGUUACUUAAAAUACAAACUCUACCUACCUACCCAACUGCGUGCUGGGCACUGGAAACAUCUUCGAAACCAUUGACCGAGUUUGCAACUACCCCGACAGAAGACGUUAAGAAAACACAUGAUGGCGUCAUGGGGGAAAGAGCAGCCAUUGCCAAAGGAAGAGCCAGCGACUGAGGAUUGGCCGGACGGCCCCAACUUGUGGCCUUGGUAUCUUUUCCCUAUCGCCUUCCUUUGCUACAGUUCCCUGAUAGCCCUUCCUUGGACGGCGUUCGUUAUUGUGCUCGCUCUGCUGUUCGGAUGGAGUAUUCCCAACCUCACGAACUUGUUUAUAUUAACCCUUGGAGGUUUAACAUUCGUACUUGCCUUGACUGGUUGUGUAGGUGAGCUAGGGACGACCAUGAUCCGUAACUGCGGUAUCGACUCCCUUCAAAAGACACCACCUGAGAACGGAUUGUACGUGGUUCUAUAUUACUCCAUAGCCGCGGAGAUUCCCCGUCGCCUUUCCCCCCCAAGAUUGAUGGAAUUUCCUAGCAACUUUGGUGAACACAAAGUGGCCUUUCGACCUCAACAAUUACCGGGUUAUGGAAGAAAACCACUUUUUCAAGAUUUAGUAUAGCUUAGCAAAAAACAGCUAUUGCCAAAGUAAGAGCAAGCGACCAAGGAUACACCACAAUACCCCAGCAUUCUGGUAGCCUUUAAAUUACUCCUGAGGUACUUCUGCCACCCCGGAUUUCUGUCUCAAACCUUGGUCUAUGAGCUGUCACGAUUGGUUACAGGUGUUGGGAUAGGUCUUCCAAUAUGUAUAUUCUGCAGCCUGUAUAUCGGGUCUCCGGUCAUAGUAUUUGUGUUCAGCUGCGGGUUGGAAGCGCUUGCAUACCCCUAGUGGUUUCUGUGGAAGCAUUUGACAAAGGACGGUGCUGGCGUCAACAUUUUAGUUUUCCCGUGGCGACUGCCCAUGUGGCGAUGUACAAUCGGUUUCGUAAGGUUUUGGCAUGGGUUGCUGGCCCAGUUAAAGUUAUGAUUUCACAGCUGAGGAUCAACGGGGAAUUCUUUCCUAAACUAUAUGGUGUCUACCUUUGCCGUGGCUUCUCAGGCAUACUUAAAAUAUACUUUGUUGGGUAGGAGAAUAGAAGAUAAGCAGGAAAGAAGGACAAGUUAUGGCCUAUUAGUUUUGCUACAUUAAUACGUUGCUGAAUUGGGC